CUUCUCGAAAAUGUCGACCGGCAAACGAAUGAAGAAGAAGAAGCUCUCCGAAGAAGCGAUGAGUAAAGUCUUUGACUUUUCUCCAGUUGCCAAGAAGAAAGCGCUCCACUGCGGCUCCGAAGACGACGUCGGGGAAGCCUCCGAGGAGAAAACUCCAAGUCAGGACAAAGCUCCAUCGAGGAAAAGAGUUGCUGAAGACUUUAAAGCUGAAGAAGACACUGGAGUCCCUGUUGGGGUUGAAGUUCACAGCAUGUUGGAGCGCUUCGGGGCCGACAUCAACAAGGUGAUGCUCACCAAGCGCAAGCGUCUGGAAAAUCUGACCAAGACUUACAUGAAUGGAGGGCAGCAGAAAAUGGAGCAACUGUGGAACAACUACCACAAACAGAGGUUUGACAAUAUGAGACCUCCAAGCAGACCUUGUCCUCCAACCACGUCUGGGUGCUUCUGUCGUGCGUGUGUGUGUGUGCGCAGGCAGAAGAUGACUCAGGACUAUUCUCAGCAAUUGUCGUCCGUUUCGGACCAAUGGCAGCUGGAGAUGCAGCAAAUCAAGGACCAGGAGGAGAAGUUCAAUAAUCUGAUACGCCAGCAGCAGAAGGUGAUCCAGCAGAGCAAAAUUCUUCAGACGCAGAAAAUAGAGGCCAUGCAAGAGCUCUUCAAGAACUUUGUCAAGAACAUGGAAGAGAUGGAGAAGAACCAAGAGGAAGUCCUGCAUCGGGCGCAGCAAGAGCUAAGGAAGGAGAUGGCCACCAUGCAGAAGAAGAUCCUCAUGGACACCCAACAACAGGAAAUGGCGUCCGUGCGCAAGUCCCUGCAGACCAUGCUUUUCUAGAUUCUCAGCUCAGCUCAGUUUGCCCAAGUUCCCAGCCUCGUCUUUUUUUCGAUUUGAACAUGCACGUUCCUUCAGCUUCUGUUCACU